CCUGAGCCCGCCCUGCUGACCCAGAUAUCGUUGGCUCUUUCAGUUAGUCCACGCUAGGAUCCCAGACGGAGCGAUUGGCCCCACUGCGGACUAUGUGACAUUCGCCAUGGGCCCCAAAGUUGCCCUGCUGGUUGCCCUGUUGCUGACAGCCACUGCUGGUAUUGCAAAUGGGCUUAUCAUUCCUGAGGAAUUGCCAUCAAUCCUCUCUAUCAUCUACUCCAACAUCCCUCCUAUUAAAAAUGGAUUCGAUACGCGAUUUGGAGUUGGAUUCCGGCUUGGACAGCAUGCAGAUGUUCAGUUUCUCACAGAAAUUGGCCCUCAAAUCGAGACUGACCGCCUUGGUGAGCCAGAGCGAAGGAGAUCGGCAAUAAACCCACCCACGCCUCAAGAGGCACUUUACAGAGAAAUGGCCAAAAAGCAAAAACUGCCUGAGAAACAGGAAAAUGCAGACGCUGUUGAAGAUAACUGGCUACUCAGGUGGAAGCAAAAUGUGAGGAAGACACGUUAGAAGGAAACCUUUUGAGAAAACAUAGACCAUAUUGUGCCGAUUUGGUUGUGACAUGUGCGGUAGAGAGAUGUUUAAAUGCCCAUGCAAGAGUGAGUGUUGCUGAAAAAAUAUACCUUGCGUUUAAGCAAAAGUGUUGCACAUAUUUAUUUUUCUGUUAGCUUAAGAUUAAGUUAAUUAAUAAAAAUAAAUGUUUGAAACAAAAUGUUUGUCAAUGAAGCUUAAUAAAAAAGUUUUGAUUUAAAUGAAUUCCAGAAACGA